AGUCGCACGCGGCUGCAGGUACGUACACUAAGAAGUCCCAGGAUGGCGCACCCAUUCUCGCUCUUACGCAGUGCUGUUUUGUAAUGCUGCGCCUCUUACAUGCAUGUGCCUUGCCAUGGACUGCUGCUGUUUCCAAGGGGGAGAAGCGAGUGAGUGAGUGAGUAGAUGGAGCUCCUGGCCGUACAGAGCUUGGUGGUUACAAGCACCGUCUUGAGUCUGCAGAUAAAGACACAAAGGACACAAAAAGGCCGUGUUCUUACUCCCGGCCCAGCGAAGCCGGAGCCGUUGCAGCCUCCCAGCAGCGGAAUGGGGGGGCGUGAGACUUGCUUCAAUGUCUACAGUAUUGCAUGUACAGCACAGCAUAUACAGAUGUACCCUGGAGCAGCCUGGAGGAUGGAGCUAAAGCGCGGCGUGCGUGACGGAGCCCGGGCUCAAGGUGUCGGCAGCGUCCACCGGUCUUUUGCAAGUAAGCUUCUGCGUCUGAUGAGGUUGAGCAAAGGGAGCCCCGUUUGCGGAAUAGAAAGCUGGAGCACCCGACGCACCCCGCGGGCGUGCUGCUAGUCCGCAUGCAAGUCUUAGCCAGCGCGGAGCUCUCCCUGGCGUGGCUCCUGUGGCUGUGAGUGGUCAGCAGAGCUCUCGGGCUGCUCC